AUGCCCCCAGGCGACUCACUUAAUGAGUACGGAUCGGCACAUUCGAGUGACCUGAGCAGUAACUCGGAUUUGGACACGAAAAUGGAGGAACAGGACUGGGAAACCAAAAUUAUGGAGGAGGCUCGUUUCUUCAAAGAAAUGUGCGAUGAGCUAAAGGCAGCAGGCUGUCCGCUGUUCGGUGGUCGCUAUUGUGAACGACUUUCGCCAGAAAAUCGGGAAAAGGCAGCAGUUCUAGAGGAUCGUUUGGAUGCUCUGCUGGGUUUCGACACCGCCUCGGUGAGCUCGUUCCGGACACGUACUCGAGAUGAACUCCGUCUUUUCAUCGCACAAGGCGACACCUUGACAUCAUUCAAAGAGAAGAGUCAUUUCUCUCGUAUAUUUCCUGAAAAGCAUGAAAGUUUUGUGGUCAGAAUGAAGCAGUAUGAUUUUUCAUUGAAAUGCAAUGCAGUAUGGUCAUCGGAUGCGAUUGCUUAUCGGUGCAAUACGUGUGCUUACAACCCUUGUAUGUCGCUGUGCGCUGACUGUUUCCAGAAUAGCAACCACCAAGGACAUGAUUUCAACAGGUUCUUCUCACAAGCUGGCGGAGCAUGCGAUUGCGGCAACUCGGAUGUCUUAAGAGAAUCUGGAUUUUGUGCCCGGCACGGACCGAAUGCCGUUCGCCCACCAGCGCCAUCGGACAAGAUUGUUUCGUUGGCCGAAUUUGUGAUACCGAAGUUGUUCGUCAGAUUGUUUUUGUACUUCCGUGGAUGGAAUCGACGGUAUGAAGAGCUGGUCGAGCAGAAGAAGCAACGAUCGUCGGAUGUGAAUAAAGAGACGUUCAGUUGUCAUUUGAUUGCACAAGCGCACAUUCUCAUCGAAUUCUUACAGGAAAUAGUGGAUUGCGGUGGGCCGAUCCGAGAUGCAGUGGCGGACAUUUUGCUCAACAAACAACUCUAUGCGGAACUGAAUAAGCGAAUGGCAAAAGAUGAUCUCGAAGAGAAGUCAAAGCGUGUUGAUGUGUCGUUGGAUUGGCGUACGAGAAGCCUUUUGGAAGAGGAUUUGAAAUCGCUGAAGACAGUCGAAGGAGCACCCGAACGGAACUAUUCGUUUGAGUGUUUGCUGGAUGAAUUGGUGUUUUGGAUGAUACGUUUGAUAUUUCCACAAUCGAUCAUAAAUCUUUGUUUGAGUAUGUUAUCACACGCGCAAUAUCGGGAUUGGUUCGCUCGUCAGUUUUUCUCACUGUACGGUUGUAUUGCUGAAAUAAUGGUUGAUCUAGCAAAAUCUGAGGGUAACGCCACAAUUUAUGCAGUUUCGAGUCGUGUGAUACAUAUUUCUGUUCAGAUUCUCUCAAGUGAAGCAAUGUGCAACAAAUUGGAUGAUGAGAUAUCGUUGAAGUAUUUGCUGAUAUCAAGUACUCGUGGUCUGCUGAGUGCUGGUCUGCAGAGAUCGUACCUGACUCAAGCACGAGAAUAUUUCUACGAAAGCACGGCGCCAAGUGCAGACAGUACAGCAUCCACUUUCGAGCCGUUCACGUGGAUCGUCUUCUCAGUGGAUUUGAAUCAACCUCUGCGAAAACAUUCGUAUUGGACGUUGGUGAGCGAUAUGCAGAAUCUGUUGGGACAUCCGAGCAUCGCAAGGAAGUUCUUCAGAGAUUCGGCUUCGUUCAGUUGUUACGCGAAGAUGAUAGCGCUGAUGCAAGGAAUGAAUGUGAACUUUCGAGUGGUUUGUGGCGAUCACGUUGAGUAUGACACUGCGCAGCCGUACCAGCUAUCAUUUCAUCUGGAAUGGGAAGUGGCUGCGGUGAAUAUGUUCAAUACACUGAAUGCGCUCACUGAUGAAAUCGACUGCAUGAAUUUGUAUUUGUUGAAGUGGAAAUCUUUAAUGCAGAGCUGGUUAGAAGCGUUGCAAAUGACGAAUAUGGAUGUGUGCGCGCAGCCGUAUUGUGUAUCAUAUCACAUUCCACUGCAUCGUCAUAUUGCUGCGGGUGUGAUGCAUUCCGUUGAGCAUUUGCUACUUCGGGAGCCUGUUCAAGGACUACUGGCUGAGGAUGAGCAAUUUUUAAGAAGAAUUGCACUGCAUCCACUUAGAAUCCAGGUGUGUCGUGCAGAGACAUCAGCUGGUAUGUGGGCAAGGAACGGAAACGCGGCACGUAAUCAGUCAUUUUAUUACGCACAAACGAAUUAUAAUACGGCACUGUUGGACUGUGAUAUUGCAUUGCUCAGAUUUAUCGCGUCAAACGUUCAUCCGGAGUGGUUUCUGAACGCUUUAUCGGCAUCAUUCUAUCUGGAUGAAUGCUUCUCGUAUAGUCCGAAUGUGAAAUAUACGAACGCAUCGAUAGCAGAUGUGAAACCGAUUGUGAUAACACGAAAAGAAUGGGUUGAUUCGUUGAUCGAUGGAGCACUCAGAUUACUUCUGGAAUUGAUCGUAAUUGCGUGGAAUACGAAUGGUGUCGAGGAGAAAGAUGUGGAACGAGAAAUCGUGGCGGCGUUGGCGAUUGGCGAUUUGACGCAUUCUAAACUGAAAUCGGCAAUUCCCGAGAAAGGAAGUCGUGCGAUGAUGAGUGAUAAGGCGUUCGACUCUCUUCUUCAGAAGGGUGUUUUCCGACUUUCCGAGCAGUCCUGGUACGAGCGCUUUGAUCCUGUGUUCUGUCGUAUGCGUGCCACAACAGCGCGAGAAUUCAACGACGCGUUGUUGCGUUCAGAAAACAUAGAGCGAACUCGUUUGAAUCGAUCUUCACCGGGAAGUGGUCAGAAGAUGUACGGUUGCGGAAUGGGAGGACAUUUCUGGAUACCGUAUCGGUUGAUCAGUUUCGAUGGGUAUGCAGAUACGAUACUUCAUCUGCGCAAUGUCUUCAAGUUGCUCGUCUCGCCAACAUUUUUCGAGAUACUCUUCGAGGUGUUAGCAAUGCACAUUGACGAAGGCCAAAUAAGUGAUUCAAUCGUGCAGCAAGUUGUCUAUUUGUUGACUCUGAGCGUAUCCUACAUCACAUCACCACAAUUCAAAAGCGCAUCCGAUGAUGAGCAGUGUUUCUGGACCAGGAAUGAGACGUUGACAACGAGAAUGGCCAUAACGCGAUCGGCAUAUCAUCGAGUCGAUCACAACAUUUCUGCAGCAUCAUUGGAUAAGCAACGCACACAUGCACUUUCGUUGUUCACGUUGAAUGUGAACGAAGGAGACGCAAAUAAGUUGGUCACUUGUUUUUGA